CUUUCAUUCUGAUGCUAUUCUCAGCUCAGAGGGACUGACAGGACUUGCGUCAGGAAUUACACAUAUAACCAGUGAAUAUAAAGUGUUGUAAAAGUUGCCGAAUAUAGAGAAAAUGUCAAAAUCCAUGCCUAUUGUCAAACAUUUCAGCAUUGAAUUAGAUAAGACACAACACGUCUACAAAGCCGGGGAACCGGUCAAAGGGAAGUGUCAUUUGAAUAUUGAGGGAAGCGUUCAAUUGAAGAAUUUAGACAUCAAUUUGAUUUGCGAUGGAUAUGUCGACUGCAAAGAGACAAAUGGCAAAUCUGAUAAGAAAACAAUGUCUGCUAUCAUCGAUAAAUACGAUCUUCUCAAGAGAUUGUGCAAAGAUUAA